UUCCUCUCGUGCGUUUGUUCUGCAUGCACGUUUGUGUGUUGUGUGUGUCGAAGCGAGAGAACGCCCGCGCGACAUGUCAUCAUCAUCAUCAUCUUCGUCGUUGUCAUCACCAUGGUCAUCGUUGUCUUCGUUUUCAUCGUCUCCGUCUACGCGGCGCGCAAGUAGUGUCGCGGAUACCGGAGCCGGAUCCGAGCGAAGAUGCAGCAGGCGGCAUCAUCGUAAAACACACGCUACUGCUGCUGGUGCUAUGGAGCGAGAAGAAGCCGUGAUCCCAAGCGCAUGUAGGCAUACACCGACGUCUGUCCCUCUGGCCCCCAUCCUCGACUUUUACUAGCUAGACGACCCAACCGAGGUCACAUAGGAGGGAGGGCUUGGACCCCCUCCUGCGGUUCCUGCCUGAGGAUUUACUUACUAUGCCGGAACUCGAACCCAUGAGCUCGCCAUUAGUAGGCUGCGAGGGCACCCACUAGACCACCGGGGCGACUCGUGUAUGUGUGCAUAGAGUAGCUUCCUCUCCAUAUCGACUUCUACUACAGCACACAUGCAAGUACACCUGUACACCUCCCCCCCCUCGGCCUGCUCCCCGGCCGGGGCCGAAAUCGACCUAGUGAGUUCCGCUCGGGCGAACCAGGCCACAACAGAUAGUAGGCGGGUGGUGUCCCAAGGUGCAACUCACCGCCGCGCUGGCUCAGCGUGGCGGUGAGGAUGCACAGACGGUGGUAGUGGCGAGAGGUGUGUAUGGACACUGUUCCCGCGGCAGUAAUGCAAAGCGGCAAACUGCACCUGGCAACCACCGUCGCGGAAAGCGUGGCCCACGAAGCUGGAGGAGUAGAGAGAUUCGUAAAUACCACGUCAGUAAGCACCGCUCGCGGGAGAAGGGAAACAACCGCGGGCUCCGCGGGGAGGGAGUGCUGCACCCUCCUCGUCAAAACACCACAGGCAAGAACCGAGCUCUGCAGAGAUGGAUUGAUGCGAGGAAACUCGCCGCUCGGAAAAUACGGAAGAAAGCACACCCGCAACGCGAGGUGGACCGAGAGAGACACGAGACCGCAGCGGCCGUCAAGGCGGCUGCGAAGA